UGAUGAUGCUCUGAUCAGCUUCAGAGGCGAUUCGAUCUGUGAAGCGACCUCUGCCAUACUUUGCAGUUGGUCUCUCUCUCUGAUAUUUGCUAUCCUUCGCCAUGUUCUCUCAGACUUCAACUUCCGGCGUCGUCGUCUCGAAGCUUGGAAUCGAGGCUUGUGCCUGCGGAGAUGUUGUGACGGGCGUGUUGUGCUUGAAAGUAAAUACACCAUCCGAUGGGACUCGGUACAAGAUUCCUCUGCUUACUGGCUGGGGCAACAUGAUCACCUCCUCGCCUCUCAUUUAUCCUUUUCGGCUAUCCGUCGAUGAUAUGCUCCCAUCUCACUACGAGACUGCCCGUCGGCUGCUCUCUCCGCCAACCACAUCGCGGGCUCAGACUGCUCCGCAGGCAGCACCAUCCAUCGAGCUGAGCAAUGACCAAGUGGUCCUGGUUGGUCAAACUUCUAGUCAUGGUCGUUCAACUGGAGAAUCAAGCCGUAGAGGUAGUAUGAGCAGAGUCGACUGGAUGAUCAUCCUGCCGUUCGAGUUGGGCGUGACGAGAUCAAAUUCAGGAGCAUUCAGUGUUCGGCUUCCACUACCAAAAUGCCUCGACAAUGUGCUUCGAUUACAAAUUGCUUCUGCUGAACGCGACAAGCCAAUGGGCGAAGUGAGCAUCUUGACGGAACCGAAGAUCCUACCGGUCCCUGCAUCGACCUUUGAUUCUCCUAGCAAGGCUCAGAAGGGUAUACCCGGGACGCCGAAGGGGAAACUUGAACAGUGGAAUGAUUCAAAGGACACAACCGACGAGUCAGACGAGGAUGACGCAUGUUGGCUCGAGGGGAGAUUUCAGAGCACUGAGUCUCUGUCUCUGGAAUGGGUCAUGGCGUCUACGAUGCCAUCAGCGAGGCUCCUGGUCGAGCCCCGAUGGCGAGCAGAACGGUCGUCUAUAAACGUUCAUUUCGAGGCGCUCAUACCCACUCUGGAUCAGAUAUUGGCCAUCGAAACAGUCAUCCCCAAUGGUUGGGUGUGGUCUUCACUGUCAAUCGCUGGCGAUGAGCUGAUGUCCUGGAGGUCAUUCGAUGGACAUUCAUCGAAUAUUGAGUCAUCAUGGAGGUUGCCAGAUAAAGGCUCGAUCGCUACGGGUCCAGCUCUCGCCGAAUCUGAAAAUGAAGAUGAUGGUCUCGAUCUCGAUCAGCUAGAAGAUUCCUUCACCACACUUCGAUCCAGGAGUUAUCACAAUCCUAUUAUUGGUGAUGCCUGUCUUCCUACGCCUCCAGUCUCCUCUCAUAAACAGGUCAAAACAGGAACUACCUUGCGUACCACACGGGCCUCGUCAAGUCACGCAAGUCUCUUGAGGCAGACCAUGCCUAAGGAGUUGGAACGCAUGGACGACUUUUCGUUCGAGAUCAAUGCGCUGGAGGAGGAUGGCCCAAGAGAUGCGGCAAGUCGCACGCCAUCGGCAACACCUCUUCGCGGUGUGCAUGUGACAAAUUCAAGGGGAGAUCAUGGACUGGCUACACCGAGACUGACCCCUUCUCCACCCGUGACGAAUCUCUCUCUUGCGCACGAUACGACCCGUAAAUUCCAAAGGCCAUCAAACGAUCGACUAUUCGACCUCGAAUUCCGCUCAUCGGCGACCGAGAUGAGGUCCUUCACUCUGCAGGGCACAUUAGUGCCUCUCCAUCGGACUUUGGUGACUUCCUCCUUGCCAUUGAUUGUACCUUUCGUCAAAAUCGAUCAUGAAGACGCGCCAACCUCGUGCACCGUCCAAUGCGAUGGCGCCGCUUUGCAUUCUCGCAAUGACCAGGAAGUCGGCUCAGACGUCUGUGACAUCAGCGAAAACUCCAUUGGGACAUUCCAGUGGCCUGGCGGUGGUGGUGCAGCCAUCUCUCAGAAAUUGAAUGGGACUGUCAAGGCAGUUCUGCAUCGUAAACAUCUGGAGGACACAUCGUUUCGUCUAGAGAUUGCCAUUCUGGUCGAUCGAUCCAGCCAGGAGAUCGGCUUUCGACUACCAUCAGGAUAUGCUUCGAGGAUUCAAAAGGCCACCCUCGCAGGUAUCAAUCUCAAGACGGCAAUAGGUCCCGUGGUAUCUUCCAGCCCGAUUCAGUUAUCGGGAGCUGAAAUCAGAUUCGGGACAAAAGGCAGAUCAGGAGUCCUCCUGGCGUCAAUCGCUUUGGAGCAGACUGAGGAGGCAAAUAUAACAGAAGAUCCUGUUGAGGAGACACGCAUUCCCAUGGCGGAGUUUGAAGGCGAUGGCAAGCUCAUCCUGAAUCUACGCGGGGCAUGGGAUCGCCGACGCUCGAGAUAUCAUGGUAACUUUGCUGCCGAGCUGGAACACACUGGACUGUCUUUUACUUUCCCCUUCAACACCGUACCCGAACUCUUCUACCGCUCCGGCGACGUCUCAUCAACGACCUGGAGCGAGACACGAUCAUCGUCAUGGAGAUCCCGGACACUACCAUCUUGGAGCACUCUGCUCAACAUCUUCUUUAUCUGGUUACUGCUUUCCUUAGGCCAGCAAGUCCAGAGACUUCGGACAGAGGUGGCCUUCGUAGCGGAAGAGACACGAGAUCUGAGGCAGUUCGGCUGGUCCUUCCCGCAAAGUAGCAUCGUCUCAUCCGAGGAAGUGACGGUGCCCCGGGGCGAGGAUCCUCCGCCAGAUGAUAAAAUUCCUGACCUGGUCACGCCCCUGGAGCAUCGCGAACUGGAUCUUGGCUCGCAGGACAAACUAUCUCUCGCUCUCGGGCGAAUCGUACCCGAACACGUACGAUGGACCGCUUUGUUCGAACAUCCAGCGUUGCAAUCUGUUAGCAAUGGUUUAGACUGGUUAUGGCGUGCUGUCGUAUGGCUCAUCGCUCCAAGUUGACCACCCUCAUGUGAUCUUAUAUUCCUCUGAGCCGGCCAGGCUGUUUAGGCAUUGAUGCAAUGUGCCUGCAUGCCCAGA